AUGUUAAAGUUAUAUACCAUUUUUUAAUUUAUCGAAUUCAUCGAAUUUCGACUCGAUUAUACGCUCGACUCUCGCUUACGAUAUAAACAGGCUGUAGCAACACUACACUGUCAAACGGGCGACUGUCAAGUAAAUGUCAUUACAAGUUUUUAAACACCACCGGUCGCCGCUAUCGUUUAUUGUUUCUAGUCAUUGUUAUUGUGGAAAAUAAUUUAGAUCAGUGAAUGUUAGUUUAAACUACUAUUUAAAAGUUACUUCAAAUAAUAAUUAUGUCUAAUAAUCGUAAUAAAGAGACCCAAGAAGACCUUAAGCGGAAAAUAAAAGCAUUACAGUCUAAAUGUGUCGACACCUGCAAUGUGAUUGAGAAUUCACCUUUAAAUACGCAUUUAAUUACGCCAGACAAUGUAAGUGAAAAGUCUCUAUGUUACGUAGAAGGGCUUCGAUCGGAUAUUGAAAAUUCAAGCACAGCAAUAAUAACCGAUGAAAAUUUACUUACCGCCCAAUUUUUAAGUGAAAUGACAGAAAAAACCACGCAAAUUGAAGACUUAACUGCAUACACAAAAGGUUUAGUACAUGAUGUGGAUGCAGAAAUCAACAGAUUAAAUGAAUUGAUAAAAAUGUCACAGGCAGCAAGGUCUCAGCCGUUGGUACAAAAAAGACAAGAGCUGCGACCGGAACACUUGCAAAAAGCUAAAGAGAGGUUUCUUCUAAUGAAGACUGAAAUUCAUGGCCUCGUUAGGUCAUUGUUCCCCAAGCAUGCGGACUUGAUGCUUGAAGUUAUGGCCGAAUUAAUGGCUGAAAAACUAAAUGAAAAUUCCAACAGUUAUAUACCAAUAACAGCAGAGAACUACCAAAUAAUUGAGUUACUAAAGGACAUUAACUUAGUCACAACUAACCCUUACAACAAUAUUGAAGUGAAGAUUGCAUAUUGAGCUUCAAGCUUUAUGAGAGUUAUGCCACUGUAUAGAAUAGAAAAAUUGUAGAGACAUCAACUAAUCAGAUUAUAGAACUAUGAGAAAAACCAUGACUAUGUAAAUUUUUACAUUAUGGACAUAACUCAGAAGCAUUACAAAAACAACUUUUAGUACUCUCAACUCUUUGAAGUAUCUUAUAUCAUUUGUUUUCCCAACUUAAAAAUACACAGCCAUAAAAAAUGUGAUGUAUUUCCAGGAUCGUAAAAAAAAUUUAAUGUGUAGUUUAUUUUAUCUAAUGAAAUACGAGGGACCAUUGUGAAUUUAACAAAUAAAUGUUAUGGACUUUCA